CAUCUCAGGGUUCGGCUGAGUGUGAGCGAAGAUGGCGACAGAGUGAAGGAGACCACGGAAAGAUGACAAGCCCCCUACAGACAGACAAACGCGCACAAGCUCUUCACCCCGCCGCCUCAGAUAUGCCCGUGAAUAAGUAAGACACGGCUGCGUACAAUGUGUUUUCAAGGAGAUGCGGGGUAGGUGAUGGAGUCUUGCGGGCGGCAUGUGCUUUAUCAUGCACUGUCUCGGUAAUUCAGACGCAGGUGUUUGCAGUGCAGAUUCGUUUUGAAAAGCAGGUGAAAACGAUGCUUCGAGCCAUCAUGUAAACGCCGCGGUGGGGAAUAUUGCGGAGGAGACCCGCCCGUGUGAGCUCGCGCUUUGUCUCCCCCUCUAAAAUAUGAUCACGGGCGCCUGGCGGUGUGGAAGGAAACUUGACGCUGAGUUAGAAAUCUGCCGCGCGACCGAGCCCAUCGACAAACCGUGCUGUGAGCCGGAGAAGGUGCAGAGAUGGCGCAUGAGCCUCGCAUCGCUGCUCUUUUUCACGGCGCUUCUGUCCGAUCACCUCUGGCUCUGCGCGGGAGGCAAGCUCCGCUCGAGAGAUCGGACUAACCGGAGGACGUGGAGCAACGCGAGUCACGACGCCCAGACGGGCCUUCGCGAUGAGGACUGCGGGGUCCUCUUGAGCAAUCUGACACAAACCGGGCCAGAGUGCGUGGAUGCUGAUGCGCGGCGCCGCGCGCCUCUGGAGUCCGCGUGCUCUACGCUUUACCGACAGAAGAGCGGCUCGGUGAGCUCCUCCUAUUCUAUACCGGUACCCACGGUGUCGCCGCACGGGUUUUUGGAGUACUUCCGGAAUUUCAGCUUGUCGUUUUGCGACGCACUCACAAUAGCGGACCUGCUGGAGAGCAUGACUAGCCCGGACGGGCUUAACUGCAGCCUGGCGCUUGUCAUUCAUGACCUGUUCAGUGGAGGACCGGAGGACGGGGACGUGUGCAGCGCUUGUGUUCACGCGUACAUACGACUCGACCAACAUGCUCAGGAAAAAUAUGAGGAGUUUGACGUAAUAACGCGCAAAUACAUGGCGGAUGACUACUCGGUGCGCUCGCAAACACACCUGUGUCAGGCAGUGUAUAAAGCCUGGCUUUGUGCAGAAUACUUUCCGGUUCCCCAACGGCGGUGUGCAAGGUGGCUUCCGUGCAGGCGCUACUGUGGCGAGGUCACUGCUAGCUGCCCCUUCAUCCUACCAGACAACGACCGUCUGCUGUAUGCCGGCCUGCCCAGCUUUCUCUGUGCAGGUAAACGUCUAUCAACGCAGGUAACACUGUACACUAUAAGGCUCAAAACUGUAUGGACAACCCCUUCUAUUGCAGUAAAUGUACAGAAUUGUGUGCUUCCAACGUGGUUGCAACAGUCUGGUCCUGGUUGCAUGAAACUCCUUAAGUGA